UUUUAUGCAAUUUUACAAUCAUGUUAUGUAGUUUAUCCCUGGCUUUACUCAAAUUAAAUAAUUCAUUGCACAAAUGGAAAUUAUUCCGGAAGACUUACAUGUUUUCAGAUUUUGAGAGGCACACCUGCAUCCAACAGAAAAGGCAAGAGCAAAAUUUCCAUCAUAGGUAUUCAUGCAAAAUGGAAUUUAGUAAUAUGCAAAAUAAUUUUUAACCAUUUGUCUCAUUCUACCCAGAAUCAUAAUUCUGGUUUCUCUGAAGAGCGCAAAGCAUGAGGUUUUAAGGGAAAAGAAAGACCCUGCAGUACGUCAACGGCGUAGCGGUAAAAACGCCGUGACGCUCGUCACGCACAGCGAACGACCCAAUGAGAGCAGGGGAGGGCGUUGCCGUCAUUGCAUAAAUGAACCAGAUGAAGGCAGCGGCAGGUACCACACACCUGUCAUUUCCACCUGAGCUUUCCCGGCGGAGCCGUCACAGACCAACCGAGACAAAGCAGAGAAUCCUUUGCUGGAGAAAAGGAAGCAAGAAAGAAGAAAGAAAUCAAAGAAGUUCUGACUGAGAAUGACUUCAGCUGACCCACAGGGCCAGCCACCUCACCUUUACAUCCCGCGGUUCUCCGGCCGAGGGCUCGAGAGCCCAGAAUUCAGCCUGAGCGAUGACCGCUUCCGCACCUCACCUCCUCUGCCUGGCCCCCAGCGGAUCACCCCUUCUACUCACGACCUCGGGGACUACGCCUACAGCUUCACGAACCCAUACCUGCAGUUCAGGGGCUCUGGACUGAACGCGGUUCAGCGCCUUAACGAAGCCCCCGCAGCAGGCAGCCUCUUCUUCUCCCACUACAAUCUGCAGAAGCCCUAUCUGGGCACCCUUGGGACCGAGGGCAUGGAGGCAGAAGCAAGCUGGUUGUCUCUACCGCUGCAGGAAGAUCUGGCGAAGCUGGUCAGACCUCCCUACUCCUUCUCCGCACUGAUCGCCAUGGCGAUACACAGAGCGCCCAACCAACGGCUCACUCUCAGUCAGAUCUACCAGUAUGUGGCCGAAAAUUUCCCCUUCUACGGCAAGAGCAAGGCGGGCUGGCAGAACUCCAUCCGGCACAACCUCUCGCUGAACGAAUGCUUCAAGAAGAUACCGCGGGACAAGGACGAACCAGGAAAGGGUAACUACUGGAUCCUUGAUCCCAACUGCGAAAAAAUGUUAGACAACGGCAAUUUCCGGCGCAAGAGGAAGAGGAAGUCAGACCCUACAAGUAGGGACGGGGCACCAGGGCCCCUCAAGAGCGGCGAAGGGAGCCUCGAACCCAUCGACGUUGCGUCCGGCAGCUCCACGGUACCCGAGAGGAGGAGAAGCCCCUCUCCCAUUCCCUCGGGGGAAUCUCCCUGUCUGAGCAGCUUUCUGUCAGAGAUGUCGGAGUUGGCCGCAGGGCUGGCGGACAUGGGCGGGGACCUUCUCAGCCCCUUGGUGGAGAGCUCGCAGACUGAGGUGUACGACUCCUACUCCGCAAAUAGCGCGUGGUCACAGUGGUCGGGCCCCAGGCCUCAGCCUUCCGAGUUCCUUUCCUCGCCACCUCAGUCCAUGCCAGUAUACAGUGACUCAUCUAUCGACCGGUCGAGCAACCGGUUUGAUCUGGAGGUGAGGGGCGCCGGGCUGCUCUGCCAUCAAGAGGGCACACAAGUUUAGAGAGUCACAAAAGAUCAGACGACACGUAGUCACCAUGUGCUCAUCCUGUUCCAGCUCGUAGAGAACUGACUCAUGCGUUGAGGACAGAAGUGAAUCAGACCUCAACUCCUGAUUCCAUUUGCAUGGGUGAACACAUUAACAUUUAUUAAUUCAUCUGACUCUUUUCCUCCAAGGCGAUUUACAACGUUAAGCUA